CUAUUUUGAACUAAAUAAAUUCUAAAGAGUUGAUUUGUUAUUUUAGAAAUCAAUAAUAUUGUUGUAUCACAACAUCCAACAACAAGUACUUGUACUGAUAGUAAUAUCGGUCUUAUUCAAGUAACAGAGAAAGAUGCAGAUGAUUUUAUACAAGUUCCAAAUCAUUUUACGUUAUCAAGUGAUAAAAUACAUGAUCUUGUAAAUAGAAAGGAUGAUAGUUCUUCAAAAUCACUUGAUUCAUCUGCUGGUUUUAUCAAUGAAAUUAAUAUGUGUACCUUAGAAUCUAAUGCAACAACUAAUACGAGAAACAACAAUGAUGAAAAUAUUGAUGCAUCAUCAGGUAAUAAUACAAAUCUUUAUAUUAUGGAUUUAGCUGCUGGAACUGGUUUAGUUUCGAAAUUAUUAAUUGAAUAUUUUAAUAUAUCACCAUUAUCAUUAUAUCUUGUUGAAUCAGCUGAAAGAAUGUGUUUACAUGCAUGA